AUGACCGCCACUUUGGUCACAGCCUUCCCAGUCACCGCUGACUCUCUCAACUGCCGAGCCGAGCCCAACACCAGCUCCGCCAAGGGACCCUCCGUCAACGGCAACUCCAUCUGGGACAAGACCCAAGACGGCUGCUACGUCGCCGAUUACUACGUCAAGGCCGGCUCCUCUGGCUACGUCACGGGCAAAUGCGGCGGCGGCUCCAACCUUCCCACUUCCGACGAUUUGUGCAAGACGCUCAACAAGUUUGGUACCGACCUCAUCACCCGCUGGGAGGGCUUCGCCGAUCGACCCAAGCCCGAUCCCAUCGGCCUACCCACCGUCGGCUACGGUCAUCUGUGA